AUGGCGUCUGGUGACAAUCCUCGUAGACCAUUAACAUCUGGUGCUUCACCAAUUGUUAAAUAUUCAGAAAUGCGUAGUCAAUCGGAUACACCUUCAACAACUAUAUCUAUGACAACAUUACCAAAUUCUUCAUCAGCAGCAGCAUCAUCUUCAAAUGUCAGUUCAACUAAUGAAAGUCGAUUAAAAAAACAGAAUAGUAUACCAGUGAAUAAUAGUGAACUUCGUCGAAUGCCAACUCAACAACGACGCUUUGUUAAAAAAGCUCUCAUGAGUAAUGUAGGUUAUCGUUUAGGUAGACGAAAAGAAUUACAUAUACAACGUCGACUUAUUAAUGAUGCGAUGUGUUUUCUUGGUUUGUUAGGCAUUAUUUUAAUGAUAAUUGAAAAUGAAUUAACAUUUAAUCGUGUUGAUCAUAAAGAUACAACAUUUAGUUUAUUUAUAAAAGCAACAAUUACAUUUACAACAAUUGUUCUUGUUGGUCUUGUCUUUUAUUAUCAUCGUAUUGAUUUAAGUCUUUAUUGUGUUGAUAAUUCCAUUGAUGAUUGGCGUAUUGCAUUAACACGUACAAAAUUAUUUUCAAUUCUAUUCGAAGCAUUCGUUUGUAGUAUACAUCCAAUACCAGGACAUUUUUUGGUUGAAUGGAGUUCACAAUAUGUUAAAAAAGUUGGAACAAAUUUAAAUUUUAUUAAUCCAUAUCGUUCAACACAAAAUACAUUAGGUAUAUCAAAUUUAACAACAACAAUGCCAACAACAACAAUAUUACCAACUACACAAAUAACAUCAACAGAUGAUCAGGAAAUUCCACAAGCAUUUGUACCAAUUGAUGUUAUGCUUAGUUUACCAAUGUUUUUUCGAUUAUAUCUGAUUUGUCGUUUUAUAAUGCUUCAUUCACAUUUGGUUCGUGAUGCAUCAUCUCAAUCACUUGGUUAUCUUAAUCGAGUUUCAUUCAAUUUUCGUUUUGUCAUUAAAUCAUAUAUUCAACAACGACCAGCACUUUGUUUAACAACAUUCUGCAUUACAACGUUCUUUAUUGCAAGUUGGUCAAUGCGUGCAUGUGAUUUUAAUGUUAAAACAGGACAUAUGGCAAUGCUUGAUGCGACAUGGUUAUUUAUUAUUUCAUUUACAACUAUUGGUUAUGGAGACAUAGUACCAUCAACAUAUUGUGGACGCGGUAUUGCUGCUAUAACAGGUAUCAUUGGUGUUUUUUCAACUGCUUUACUUGUUGCUGUCAUAUCUCAAAAACUUGAAUUAACAAGAUCAGAAAAAUAUGUGCAUAAUUUUGUAGCUAGUAUUCAAUUAGCUAAAGCACAUAAAGAUCAAGCUGCCAAUGUUGUUAAAUAUGGUUGGAAAGUUUGGUUUUUAAAACGAAAAGGUAAACAUAUGUUUAUACAUUAUAUUCAAGCACAACGUAAAUUAUUAACAUCAAUACAUUUUGUUCGAAAAAUUAAACAACAACAACGUAAAUUAAAUGAUAAUUAUGUUAGUUUAUUAGAAUUAUUUAAUGUACAACGUACUACAAGUAUUGCAGCGGAUGAAACAUCACAACGAGUUGUAAUAAUGGAACGAAAAGUUGAUAAAAUGGAAGAUAGAUUGAUUGAAAUCAGUCAAGGAAUGACGAAUUUACAAGAUAAAUUAAAUAUUUUAUUGGAUAGAAUAACACAAAGAUAA